GUAACUUUUACUCCGAGCCCUGUGUACAGACCACGUACUACUUCCGGUGCUUCUGUGCCGACAGAGCGUCUUGCGAUUAUUUAGAAAAGAUACCAUCUGGUAGACACAGGAAUUAACAAAUCAUGCAUUGGUCUGUGGCAAUAGUUGCUGCUGUGAUCUUCAUGGCUGGCAUGACAGAUAGUAAACCUGUGGCUCAAAAGAAGGGGCCUCCCCCUCCCCAUGACAAGGCUGUAGAAGGUGGAUCAGAUGAUGAAAAGGAGGGCACGAAUUUACCUUAUGACCGCUAUCUCCGUGAAGUUGUCAUGGCACUGGAGGAAGAUCCAGAGUUCAGGAAGAAAUUGGAAGAGUCUAAUGUAUCUGACAUAAAGGAUGGGAGUGUGGCAAAACACAUAGAGCUUGUUGGACAUCAAGUCCGCACCAAACUAGAUGAGAUUAAGCGUCGUGAAAUCUAUCGCCUCCAGGAGCUCCGCCGUUUACAGAUGAGGUCGAUGCAGGGUACGAAAGUCCUUCAUUACAUAGCCUAUCAUGGAGGUGUUGGAGGUAUCGAGGUACCAGCCCAUCUUGAUGUAAAGAAUCCUCACUCAUUUGAAAUGAAGGAUCUGGAGACACUCAUUAAACAGACUACAACUGACCUUGAGCAGCUGGAUGAACAGAGGAAGGAAGAAUUCAAAGAAUAUGAAAUGGAGAAGGAAUAUGAGAAGAGGGACAAAUUAAAUCACUUGUCAGAGGAAGAGAGGAAGAAGGAGGAAACACGUUUGGAGGACAUCAAGAAACAGCAUGCUGAGCAUCCGAAAAUGCACCAUCCAGGAAGCAAGGAUCAGUUUGAAGAAGUCUGGGAGAAGAAGGACCAUCUAGAAGACCAGGAAUUUAAUCCUAAGACUUUCUUCAAGCUACACGAUAUUGAAGAUGAUGGUUUCUGGGGUAUUGAAGAAGUUGAGGCAGUGCUGCAGAGUGAGCUGGAUAAGGUGUACAAUGGCAACACUCCCGGGACGGACCCUAUGGAGAGGUUUGAGGAGAUGAACAGAAUGAGAGAGCAUAUCUUCACUGAGAUGGACAAGGACAAGGAUGCUCGGAUCUCCCAGGCCGAGUUCCUGAAAUACACCGGACCUCAUGGAGAUAACGAGGAGUUCAAGAAGGAUGAAGGAUGGAAGACUGUUGAUGAGGACCAACUAUUCACUGAUGACGAAUAUCAGAAGUUUGUUGAGGAACAUCAUGCUCAGCCUGGAUUAGUUAAUCAACCCCCUGAACACAUUGACCCAAGUGUGAUGCAGAUGAACCAGGGUCAAGUUCCUCCUGGUCACAUGCCACAGCAAGGUCAGAAUCUUCAGUAUCAAGGUCAGCCUCAAGCUCAUGACUUCCAACAGCAACAGCAACAAUUUGCACAGCAACAACAAAUUCUUCAACAUCAACAGCAACAGUUUGCCCAGCAGCAGGUUGUCCAACAACAACUUGCAGAACAACAUGCCCAGAUGCAACAACACCAUCAACAGCAACAACAGCAACAGCUGCAUCUUCAGCAACAACAGCAAAUGCUUCAGCAGCCUCAAAUGGGCCAGCAGUUGAACCAGCAACAGGCUCAACAACAGCAAGGUCAAGUACCAAAUCAGGGUCAACAACAGCAAGUUCAAGGUCAGGUUCCAGUUCAGCAUCAACAACAGCAAGUUCAAGGUCAGGUUCCAGUUCAGAAUCAGCAGCAGCAAGGACAGGUUCCUGUGCAACAACAGCAAGUUCCUGUUCAGAACCAGCAACCAGUUCAAGCCCAGCAACCUGUUCAGGGUCAGCAACCUGUUCAGGAUCAACAAGCCCAGCAACCCAUACAGAAUCAGCAGCAACCUAUUCAAGGACAGCAACAGCAACAGCAACAGCAACAGCAACAGCAGGCUCAACCAGUUCAAGGUCAAGCCUAAUCCUAAAGGUGAAUGUAAUUCCUGUGGAAUUUGGAAUGCGCCAAAGGUCAAAGAUGACAAGAACAAUGCUAUAAACUGAUAAAAGUGAUGUGAUCUUGUUUAUGUUAUUUAUUUUACUCAAGGUGGAGGAGCCAUACUUACAUAUGUUUAGUUUUCAGAUAUUUCUUCUUCUGAUAUAAAAAAAAUCAAAGUACUUUUGUAUGAUGUUUAUUUUUAUUUUUUUUGUAGUCUGGCACUGUUGUACAUGUCAUAUAUGAGGUUGUUUUUUUAUAUUCUUUUCAAACUCACAUCUAGAAAUCCACACUAUCUCUAAUGAUACAGUUUCACAGUUUUAUGUUAUCAAAGUGGAAUGUUGAAAAUGAAUGUUUUUAUGGAAAUUGUUUUGGUUAACUUCUGAAUCUCAGACAAUUAAACUGCAGUUAAAACAAAGUUCCAUUUGAUUUCAAAAAUUGAAAAUCUUAAGAUUGAAUGUGUAAUAUGAAUAAUUCAUUCACUCACUGUUGACGCAUCUGUCCAGUACUUGUCUGUGUUAGGUUUCAGCCCUGCCACCAUUUAAUUACACUGUUGCUAAAGCUGUGUAAAAUCAUCCCCAGUCACUGUUAGUUUAAACAAGAACAUUACGUCUUCGUCUUCAUUUUUCCUUUCUUUGGGUUGACUUUUAAUGAGACAGUCAGGUAACCUAGUGGUUAAGGUGUUGGCUAGUCAGGCUGGUUUGUAUCUCCGCACCCCUCCAUGGGUACAUGUGGGCCGAUGCUUGAUGUCCCCUAGCUGUGAUAUGGCUGGAAUAUUACUUUAAGAGGCGUAAAAACAAGCUUCCGCACAGAGACAGAACUGCCUUCCUUCAGUAUCUUCCUGCGAAAAGUACUCUUUAUGUUAUUUCAUUGACAAUUGUGAAGAUGAAUUCAAGAGAAAUCACCUUCUCCUCCAGACAGAACAGUGACAGCAGUAAUUAGCUGUUUGUUGCCCAAUCCAAGAUCUGGGAGAACUGUACAUAAAUAUCUAACUGGAUGUUUUUGUUAUUUCUUGAGUGCUUAUUGUGAGAACUGCCAGGCUUUCAUUGUAUGUCAUCAGCUACAAAUUUUCAAUUACCGGUAGUAGGGUCGUCAUUGAUUGGAAAUUUCUGUAUUGAUAUUGAUAGUUACCAAGUAAUAUUCACAUAUCAGUACAUUGAAAAAUGAUACUAGAGUGAGUUUUACAGGCGGCGUUUCAAAGUACACAGUCAGUAACGUUUUGUGAGUGAAUUAUGAAAGAUUUCAAUAAUUGCAAAAGGUUAUCCAUGAUUUUCAUAAUCUUUACAAAAACAUCUGUUAUUACCAUUUGGGGACAGAAUCCUUCAAUGAAAGUUGGCCUAAUUUUGGCAAAUAUUUUCAUGCGUAAUAUGAUAUUUGUAACAAUAUUUUCUUGAUGGAUGCAGCAUUUGCAGAUGCAUAUGGCCAUAAAUCAAUAUUUCCAUUUUCAAUGACAGCCAUUUUUAAAGAUUUGUAUUUUGGGGGUAACAUUGAGCACCUUGUUCUUGAUUCAAUCUGUUCUGUGUAGGCUAUGAAGUUAUGAACAUGUUCAAGGAAAGUGUGAAGUUGUUUCUCAGAGUAAAUAUAAACAGUGUACCGAUUCAUACAUUUCAGAAGGAUAAAAUCACCAUGUAAACUCCCUUACUUGGUCUGGAUGAAUUGCUGUAGCAGAUAAUGAUUAUUGAUGUGUGCCUUUGUAUAUUAAUUAUAGAUACCUCUGGCUGUAUACCUCACGUUGUGGGACAUUGAAAAUUGUAUGAAUGUGAAAUCAACAUCUAAACCAACGUGUCAGUAUGUAAAAAAAACAUUUUGACGCGUUGCUGUGCUCGACGCUGUUUAUCAAAUGCUAAAAGUUUGUGUUUUGUAAGUCAGUUUUACCGGUUUGUUAUCAUAUUUAAUUUGUACAUAUUUUUCUUUUAUUUCCAGGAUAUAUCUGUAUAUUGUGAUAUUUUUGCAAAGUAUUUCAGUGUAAUAUUUUGAAUGUUUAUCGCUGCAUGCUUUGAAAUACAAGAACUGAUGUAGGCCCGUUACUACCUGAUAUAUCAUCACAACAGAGUCUUACACGGGGCAUUGAAGUAGCUCAGUAGGAAGUGCAAUUGCUUGACACAUAGAAGACCCAUGUUCAUGUCCCACAUGGGUACAACCUGUAGAGCUGACGAGUUAUCUCGGGGAAAUGGCUGAAAAAUACUGCUGUAAUCUGUGUUAGACCCUCUCUCACACAAAUCAUAUAAGCAUGCCAAUUAUAUUCACUGCUACAGCACUGCCUGCUUAUAUCUUAAGUUCCUUAGUCAUUGUAUUCUUUGUAAUAAGACUGAAAUGCCAUAUGCUUCAGUGCGAACAUUAACCAAUGAAAACAGUAAGAUAGGAGUUCAUUAUGAUUUGAUUGGUUAAUUCAAAAUCGAUUUGACUAGUACUGGGAUGACCAGAACCAGGACCAGGUCCAGGAAAGUCCUUGUGUUGCAUUCAGGGAUCAACUCUGGUUUGGCUUGAAUGCAAAUCACCUAUCCUGACAUGAAGAACAAGCUAUCAUAUUGUGUUUGGCUACUUUGGGGAAACCUUAUCACAAUGAUGCAUAUAUAUUCAGAGAGUUUUAAUCAAUUGAGUCAUAUCAAAUCAGGAAACGUGUGUGUGCAGACAUUCUGUUAAAUGGUUUGAUGGCCAGGAGAUAAGUAUACACUGUAAAACUAAUUGAGAGUUUUCAUAGAUUAAUUUGUUAUUUUUGUUUUAAAAGAUUUUUUUGUGAGAGAGGCACACAUGUAUUUGUGAUGAUAGUCUGGUGCUAAUCUUGGGAACAUGUAGUUUAGCUUGGUGUCAGUUUCAGUUUGAAUAUUAUACUCAUUACCGACAAGAACUGAAAUAACUCGUGUGCUUUUGUUUGAAUUGUUGUAUGCUGGUUGCGAGGUGAUAGGCUCUUUGUUCAGCAUUCAGUAUUUGGCUUUGCAAUGCAUAAGGUUAACAUUAACAUGUGAAGCAAUUUAAUCAAAUAUUUAUUUCAACUUACUGUAUCAUUCCAAAGAGACUAUUAAUGUUCUCCUAAUCAGAGACCAUAUGCCAAUAUGAUCUCUGACAUUAUGAUGUUUGUCAAUAAACCACCUUAUUUGGAAAAAUGAAACAAGGUGGGGAAAAAUUUAAAAACAUUUUUUUAUGCACUUAUGAUUUGGAAAAUUGUGUCAUUUAUUGAAAAACUAUGUUUUUUAAUAUAUUUUAAAUAUGUGUUUGUUAGAAAUAAUAGAUUUAUAACUAAGACUGAACAAAUGUCAACUCUUGUGCAGAUCUUACAGCGUAGCUAGUGUCAAAACCUUUGGAUCUUCUGGUUGAAGAGGUUUGUCAUUCAUUGAUUCAAGCAUGAAAAUAGGCACAUCCAUCGUGAACAAAGUCUUGUCUCCAAAUAAUUGCCACUUCUUAAAUACUUGUUGUGACAAAACUUUUAGUGUUGACGUAAUAUUUCUGUGUAUCCAUAUGUUUUGCCAAAAAUUGACAAUUGAUUUGUUUUUUGAAUGAAACUUAGGAGAAAAAACAUACCUUGAACAUUACGUUCAGAUAUUAAAUAAAUGUAAUAACUAACAUUGCUGAAUAAUGCCUUUAGAUGUUCUUAUUAUGAAACUGCAUUUGACAGACAUAUAAUUCAUGUACAGUGAUACAGUAAACCACUUCUGGGAGAUUAAUGUCAGUAAACCUACCUAUAUGAAAUAGAGGGACAUUACUACGUACUGUGAUUUACCAGGGAAUAUUAAUCCAGAAAUCACAAGGAACCAUGUCUGGUUGUAUCUAGAAGUUAUUAAUCCAGAUACCACAAAGAACGAUGUCCAGAUUAACAAGGUUUCACUGCAAGUGAUAUUAAAUGUCAGCAACAAGUAUUUCUGUGGUAGCUAAGGGACCCACCAUUUAAUAUUCUGCUAGGGGGCCUUGGAAUUUUCACAACACCUUUUUUUCUGAGCAUCCAGCAUCUCCAGCAUAGACAUUUAUUGUUGUUGGUGAAAUCUGAGGACAAAGUAUUAUUUUGCAUUUUUUUUGUAUGGAACAAUUCAUUAUUUUAUUUUAUUUUAUUUUAAUUUUUUUGAGAAAAAAAAUUCCCAUACCCCUUCCCCAGAAGAUAAAAUGUCCGGUCCCUGAUUGACUCUAGUCGUUUGCACCUCAUCACUAACUAAUAUAAAUCAAGGUGCUGGUGAAUCAGCUGUAAGAGCUGCACUGGAUUUGUGAUUCCAGCGGAGUCUUGUUUGUAGAAUGUUACCGUGCAGUUUGUUCAUACCUCUUGUCAUAACCUGGGCACUCUUCCACAGAGCGAUCUUUGUAUUAAGGUGAUUGAAACUCCAUUACUUUAACAUAGGCUUACGAUUGUCAUAGCGCAAAGAUUGCUUUGUGGAAUGGGCUUGGGACUCCAUGGAGGGUUUGAGGAGGGACUCCUCGGUCUGGUGCCAAGUUUCUACAUAGGUCUACACAUUGCAGUUAGUGACCUGUGGUACUGAGACACUGUCAGGGUAAUCCUCCACUUGUUAGGUUUACAUACACUGGAAAAGUGAAACAAAAGCAGACCAACAUAUAGUUGUUUGAACAACGUCUAUCAAACUUACAAAGGCUGCACCCAACCUGGUGAAUAUGACUAUGAACAUGAUCAUUGUUUGACAUCAGAUUAAUCCCCAGCAGCUUAAUCUAACCCAGUUUGGCAAAACCAUUUCUGUUUCUUUUGUAAAACAUUAUACUAAGAGUCUUCGGAGAUCUGCAUUUGGCCAAUUUGAGGGCCAUGUUUUGAGUCAGUUUGGCCAGUUUGAUGUUAUGGAUGUUUCUGGAAGUUUGUAUAAGUUUGAUGUUAUAUCAUGAUCAAAAACAAAACAAAUGUUGUUAAGACUCCCAUGUCUUGUAGAAAGCUGUUCCAGAAUUUUGUGUUAAAACAGUUCUAGUUUUAUUGUGAAUGUUCCAUAGCCCAUGGUGAUGUGAAAGAGAAAUAAAUGAUUUAUCAUGUU